AUUUCAUAAUCCUAACGAAUAAUUCGAAAAUUGUCGUCCAUCAAAGAACGACUGUUAUUCAAACUCAACACCUAGAAAGCAGAAGAAAGAAACAAUGGCGUCGGUUCCAAUUCAACCUCAUUUAAACCAAUUAGUUCUAUCAGUGCUCGAAAAAUGCAGUCAUCUCAAUCACCUCAAGCAAAUCCAAGGCUUUCUCAUCUCUCUUGGCCACUCUCAGACUCAGUUCUUCGCCUUCAAGCUCGUCCGCUUCUGUAAUCUUACUCUUGCUAAUUUAUCUUACGCUCGCUUCAUUUUCGAUCAAUUGAACUCCCCAAAUGUAUAUCUCUACACUGCAAUGAUCACUGCUUAUGCAUCUCAGCCCGAUUCUAAAGCCGCGUUUGUUUUGUACCGUGACAUGGUCCGCCGAGGAACUCCUCGACCCAACCAUUUUAUCUACCCCCAUGUUCUGAAAUCUUGCCCCGAGGUUUYGGAGUCCAAUGCCACGCAAAUGGUUCAUGCCCAGAUUCUGAAAUCUGGAUUUGGUCGAUACCCAGUUGUCCAAACGGCCAUUGUUGAUUCCUACUCGAAGUUCUGUUCGGAYAUUGGAAUUGCACGACAGAUGUUCGAUGAAAUGAUUGARAGAAGUGUGGUGUCUUGGACGGCUAUGAUUUCUGGGUAUGCGAGGCUUGGGAACAUUGAUGAUGCAGUAGCCUUGUUUGAGAGUAUGCCUGAGAGGGAUGUCCCUGCUUGGAAUGCUAUUAUUGCUGGAUUUGCUCAGAAUGGAUUCUUCUGUGAAGCAAUUUGGUUGUUUAGAAGAAUGGUGUCCCUGGCAAUGGAGGAUGAUGAGGAGCGUGAAAACAAGCCAAACAAGAUCACAGUUGCUUCUGCACUUUCAGCUUGUGGGCAUACUGGGAUGCUUCAUCUUGGUAAGUGGAUUCAUGGUUAUGUUUUCAAAAGUCUUAGUCAGGAUUCAUUUAUCUCAAAUGCUCUACUUGAUAUGUAUGGGAAAUGUGGCAAUCUAAAAAUAGCGAAAAGGGUUUUUGAUAUGAUUACUUUAAAAAGCUUGACGUCGUGGAAUUCAUUGAUAAACUGUCUUGCACUCCAUGGCCAUAGUGAAAGUGCAAUUGAUUUAUUUGUAAAGUUGGUUGAAUGUGGGGAUGGCGUGAAGCCAGAUGGGGUUACUUUUGUUGGUGUGUUGAAUGCUUGUACUCAUGGAGGAUUAGUUGAGAAAGGUUACUCAUACUUCGAAAUGAUGAGGCAGGACUAUGGCAUUGAGCCUCAGAUCGAACACUUUGGGUGCUUGAUAGACCUUCUUGGCCGUGCAGGACGGUUCGAAGAAGCAAUGGAAGUUGUGAGGGGAAUGAAUAUUGAACCAGAUGAGGUUGUAUGGGGUUCUUUACUAAACGGAUGCAAAAUCCAUGGCCGGUCAGAUUUAGCUGAAUAUUCAGUGAAAAAGUUGAUCGAGAUGGAUCCAGAAAAUGGCGGUUAUAGAAUUAUGCUGGCAAAUAUAUAUGCGGAGCUCGAAAAGUGGGAUGAGGUUCGCAAGGUUCGGAAACUUUUGAAAGAGCAAAAUGCUUAUAAAACACCAGGCUGCAGUUGGAUCGAAGUUGAUAAUCAGGUCUAUCAGUUCUAUUCUUUUGACAUGACACAUCCCAGUGCAGAACAGAUAUACAAAACCUUGGAAAGURUGAUCAGUUUUAUGUAAAAAGCAAAUGAAGAUUUGACAUCAGAUGAGAGCGUAUCCUGCACUCCAUGUGUUAGCUUGCGGUAGUCGGCACGAGAAGGUYGAACUACAAGAGGAUACUGAAGCUCUAUCCUCCACUUCUCUCCUUUCAUGAAAGAUAUCUCCCCUAUUUUACCUUUUACCUAUUGAGAGGCAGUUGGAAAUCUACUUUCUCCUCUUUGUAUGUGCAUAUGAUAACUCUUUACAAAACACAAAGCAUAGGAGUAACAUAGUGCAAUUUCCAAGUUAGAGUAAAAUGGCCGAUGGGGAAGUUCUGGGAGUUUUUUUCUUUAACAAAUCAAAGGUAAAUGACUGUUUUUGCUAUGUCUACCAACUUGUCCAUGGACAUGUAUUGGUUAUUAUGGUAGUUAUGGUAUAGCAGGAAUUUGCUGCUUCAUAAGUUGGAAGAAUAGCAAUCCCAAGAAAGUGAAAGUUUUCAUUUGGGAGAUUAUUCUUGAAAGUAUCAACACUUUUGAUGAUAAGUAGUUACAAGGAAGGUUGCUGGCUUGAUUUUCAUUCAUGCGAUCAAAGCUACUAAGUUUUGGAACCUGCUACUUUUCUCUAUCUGUUUUCUCUCCUCCUCGGUCGUCUUUUCAAGGAUAAGGCUGAAAGUUUUUGGCUCAAUUUUAUUAGAAGCUUCAAGUUUUUGGCUCAAUUUUAUUGGGAGCCUAUUUUUUAUGACAUUGGAGGGAAAGAAGCCACUUAUUUUCUAGAGGAAAACGGAGAGAUUUUUGUAUCUUAUAUGGAUAAUGUUCUUUCUUGUUACAUUACAGCUUCUUGGUGCAGGCUAAGCUUGUAAUUAACUAUUGCUAUUUAAUAUUUAUUGAUAUUUU